UCAGUGGUAGCUAAAUACUUGACCACCCAACUGUGGACCCAUUCUGGUUUCAUCAAUUUCCACAACUCUACAACUUACAACUUACAACUUAACAACAAUAUGCCUGGAAAAGUAGCAUCCAAGAAAGGAGAGAAAAAGGCUGCCAUCAAGAGCAAGCCGAGUGGUGAAAAGAAAACCCGAAGAAAGUCUCGCAAAGAAAGCUAUUCUAUCUACAUCUACAAAGUUCUGAAGCAAGUCCACCCCGAUACUGGCAUCUCUUCCAAGGCUAUGAGCAUCAUGAACUCAUUUGUUAACGAUAUCUUUGAGAGAGUAGCGACUGAAUCAUCACGUCUGGCCCACUACAACAAGAAACACACAGUCUCUAGCAGGGAGAUACAAACUGCAGUCAGACUACACCUCCCUGGAGAACUGUCUAAGCAUGCCGUCUCUGAGGGUACCAAGGCUGUCACCAAGUACACAAGCAGCAAAUAAACUGUUUGUAUUAACUCAUUUUUAUUGCCCUGUGUUUUGUUUGUACAUGUGAACGUAAUUAUUAUCAACCUUUGUCAAUUAAAAUUAACUUCAUUGUGAUAAUUAAACUUUCAACAAUA